AUGAGCCAACCAGACCCCAGUCUCAGCGUCCCCCAGGACCUGAUGCAACAUGUCCAUCUCGUGUCCUCUUUUCGAUACCCAGCCGUUUCCCACAUCAACCUGCAAGAUGUUGCGAAAUGGCUGAUGAACGCUCCUCAUGUUGCUCGCGACAAGGCGCCCUUUUUCUGGACAUACCUCGAUAAGCCCGCAGAUGGGACGGUUCUCAUGACCUGGCAGCCCCUCCAGAGGCUUGGGACCAACUUCGCUUCUGAUGGGUUCGUGUGGGCACCACCCGAGCAGCUAUAUAAGCAUGACUUGGGCAAUGGCCUGCAUCUCGAAAUCUACUAUCUAAAGGCUGGUUAUAUUCCUGGGGAACAGUAUGCGCAACACGCUCGACGAAGAUUUCGAUUGGUUCCCGUUCCUGGCCAUCCCGCCCAGCCCCAACCCGACUCGAAUCUGUUCAUUGUUCACUAUGGACCUUCCGACCCGAACGACACGAUGCCCGUGACGAUGAUCCCGUAUGACCAGCGUGUUCAUGCUGCCAUGCAGCAGAGACAGUAUCUGCAACGGGCAGGUCAGAUUCGUCGAAAAGAGUUCAUGCUUUCCGACCGCGCCAACUGGCCUUCACUCCCUGAGCUGACCCGCCAGCAAAUGGAACCUCAGAUGGCACCUCGCGGUGUCCCUCAACAGAUGGCGUACCCACCGCAGUCCGUGCCUGGCCCUCCUGCCAAGCGUGCUCGCCACUCUCAAGGCCACGCUCAACAACAACCCCCUCAGUUCCAUGGAGCGAUCCCAAUGGAGGGAGCCUUUGAUGAUGAUGAGGACACCUCUCGGGGCGACAUGUUCGAUCAUCUGACCCCAAGAGAGAUUUCACUCGGCCGCUACCAGCAAAACCACGAGUGGAUGGAAGAGAUUCUAUCUUCGCCCUACCGGAUCAAUCAGAUUACCCCUGCAGACCUGGGCCUUGGCCUCAAGGGAGAAUUGGCAUCUUUGACGGAGGGAAUAUUCACCUCUCACGGUGGUGAUGCCUUCAGUCAGUCCUCUGAUAAGGCCUAUGUUGGGCGACUGGACGCCGGUAAAGCAGACGAGUUCCGUAAGCGGGUUGACGAACACAUCAAGGCAGAACAGGCAGCUAUGGAUGCCAUGAAAAAGGCUCAUGAAGACCUUCUCGCUGAUAUGAAGAAGAUGUCGACUUUACGACUCAAAGAGAGGGAACUUCGGGACGCGGAAGACUCUGGGACUGAGCUAUGGAGGCCUACCAACGGAAACUCGAGCGAAGAGUCGACAAAGAAGGCAACAGAGGAUGUGGUGAAGGAGACAGAAACGGCAACUGGGCUCAAAAUCGAGAGCAGACCUAGCGUGAAAUGUGUGGAAACUGGAGGUUAUCAGGCUCCAGCCCCUCAACCCGUUCAGCCAACUCAACCCACCCAGAUGUCUCGGCAGGCAUCUCAGAACGGCUCCCAAAAUGGCUCCCAAAACAGUGGAAUCAUGCUUGGUGAAUCCGAUAUUGAUAUGGGAGGAACCGCUGCAGGACUUUUGGAUCAGAUGCACACUGGGUUUUCUUCGACAUCGACACCUGUCAACAGCUUCCCUACUCCUCAACCCCAACUAUCAGCAGCUCACUCGAAUGCGGCAACACCAUCGAAUAUUAAUGCCGCCGCAUCGCCCGCUGUUGCCACAUCCCAGGCUCAGCAACAGCAGCAGCCUCCCUCACAGCUUCAGACACAACCACAGUCGGGAGCACAAUCAGAGGCAAAAGAUAUUGCCAUGGGCGGUACUGACACAUCCGAUUUAGCACCGGAUCAAGGGACCGGUAGCGGGGAUUGGGUAGUUGUUCCGAAGGAAGCCGCAAGUAAUGACGCUGGGAACGGGGCGGGAGGCACUCCUUCGGGGGCAAAUGAGGGCACCCCUAAAGCAUCUGCCAUACCUCCAAAGCCCCUCUCAGCUGCUGCCACCCCUGCCGUUACUGACCCAGGCUCUGCGACAUUUGACCAGAAUGAUUUCAGCUCGUUGGGGGAUCUCGAUACCGCAGGAGACGCUUUGGCUAACUUCGAUACACCUGGUCUCGAUGGGUCAGCAGGUGAGCUGGGUGAUGGGCUUGAUCUUCAGAUGGACAUUGAAGACUCUGCCUUCGGCGACGCUUUCCACGGCGUGGACACAACUGGAACACCAGGGCAAGACUUGUAG